GUGACUUUGUUCAAAAUGGCGGAACAAGAAAACCCUCAGCGGAACGAAUCUAAAGAAGAUGAUAUUGUGUGUCAAAAUGGGCAGCUGGUAUGUGUUGGCCAGGACUAUAGUGCUAUUCCCCCACAUAUUGCAAACUCCUAUGGCACCAUGGUAACCAGAUUAGAUCUGUCUUUCAACAGGUUGCGGAGUUUAGAUGGUUUAGAAGCUUUCACAUCACUGGAGGAGUUGGUUUUAGACAACAAUGAGCUAAAUGACACAAUAGCAUUUCCAACUAUUAAGAGAUUGCAUACACUUACAUUAAAUAAAAACCAGAUAAGAGAUUUAGACCCGUUACUUGAACAAAUAAAACACCACCUGCCUAAUGUGACAUAUCUCAGCCUCCUUGGAAACGAGGCCUGCCCCAAUCAACUCUCAAGUCUAGAUAAAGAUGAUGAUGACUAUCAACGAUACAGGCAUUAUGUUUUAUACUGCUUACCAAAGUUGAAAUUUCUUGACUCCACCCCUGUGAAGUGUUCAGAGCGAGUUGAGGCAAAAAGAAUUGGACCAUUUCUCAAGGUUGUGAAGCCUAAAAUAGAUGACUUGAUAGAUAAAUCAGAAGAUACAUCUAAUACAUCUCCUUCUCAAUAUUCUCCCCUCCCAGACACAUCAGUGGACCAUGGCAAACAUGCAGGUACCUUUGGAAAAAGUCGAUAUAUUUAUUAUGGAAAACAUUCAGAGGGAAACAGAUUUAUAAGGAACAAUGAUCUGUAACCUCACAUCAGUCAAAUGAUACCUAAGACCAUGCACAUGUUAGUCAUGUUUAUGAACAAGAAAUAGAGACAUUAGUGGGAAAUAGAGUGGACUGAUGUGGGAAUUUCCAAGGAUUAGUCAUCCUCUGACCUUAGUGCUAGAAUAGGCUUUUGAUUCCGGAGAAUGGGAAUUAGUGGAUAUAACUUAGAGACCAGAUAUAUGCCACAUUAGCUUGCAAUAUAGUAUAAUGACUACAAAUGCAGGAAAGCAAAGGCCUCCCAAAGGUUUGUUUCGAGACUGCUGUUUCUGCUCUAACUGGUUGACAAUU